AUGGCUCUCAAGAAACCAACCAUCAAACAGAUUGUCAAAAAGUGCUCGAGUUUCGGUAAGAAACAUGGUUACGAUGAUGUACCUAAAGGCCACUUCGUUGUCUAUGUCGGAGAAAACAGGAGCAGAUACAUAAUCCCCUUAUCAUGGUUGGCUCACCCUGAGUUCCAAAACUUGCUUCCAAGAGCUGAAGAGGAGUUCGGGUUCUGCCACCACUCGGGCCUUACGAUUCCUUGCGAAGAAGUCGAUUUUCGAUCUCUAACGGCCAUGAUCGGAUGA